UAUAUAUAUGUAUAUAUAUCACAUAUAAUCAAAGAAAAAAGUCUAUCAACUUGAGAGUGAGGAGGGUAGCUGGGAGGGGCUGGAGAAAGUAAAUGGAUGAGGGAGUGAAGUAAUUCUAUUUCAAUUAAAAUAUUUUAAAAUGAAAAAUUAUUAAUUAAAAUUAAUAGUAUUGAAAAAUAUCUCCCCCAUUAUACUGUGACAGCUUAAUACACACCAGAAGCAACAAAGACUAUGAUUAUUUUUUGAAGGGGCUCUUAUAAAUUUCCAUUAAUAGAUUUCUUUCUAUUAUUCCCAGAGUUCUGCUGGAGGACAGGCAUAUUCAUAUGGAGAGAGCCAAUGAUUCCAUGUUAACAGAAUUUAUCUUGGUGGGACUUUCUGACCACCCAAAGCUCCAGAAAGUUUUAUUUGUGCUAGUUUUGUGCGUGUAUCUGAUAAUCCUGCUUGGAAAUGGAGUCAUUAUCUCAGUAGUUAUCUAUGAUGUGCACCUGCACACCCCCAUGUAUUUCUUCCUCUGUAACCUUUCCUUCCUGGAUAUCUGCUAUACAAGCUCUUCUGUCCCACUAAUUCUCGGUAGUUUUCUGACAGGAAGGAAGAGAAUUUCUUUUCCUGAGUGCAUGGUACAAAUGUUCCUCUCCUUUGCCAUGGGUGCCACAGAAUGCGUGCUUCUAGGCACAAUGGCACUUGACCGCUUUCUGGCCAUCUGUUACCCACUGAGAUACCCUGUCAUCAUGAGCAAGAGUACUUAUGUGCCCAUGGCAGUUGGAUGCUGGGUUUCUGGGCUUGUUGACUCGUUUGUGCAGACAUCUCUUGCAGUGCAAUUACCAUUCUGUACUAAUAAUGUCAUUCGCCACUUUGUCUGUGAAAUGCUAGCCAUUCUGAAACUGGCUUGUGCAGAUAUUUCCAUCAAUGUGAUUAGCAUGGCAGGGUCAAAUCUGCUUUUUCUAGCUGUUCCAUUGUUAGUCAUUGCUAUCUCUUACGUUUUCAUUGUUGCCACUAUUCUGAGGAUCCCGUCAACUGAAGGAAAACAGAAGGCCUUCUCCACAUGCUCUGCCCAUCUGACAGUGGUGAUUCUGUUCUAUGGAACCAUCUUCUUCAUGUACGCAAAGCCCAAGUCUGAAGUCACUGCUGGGACAGGGCAUCAAAGUGUGAUCGAGGCCCUCAUCUCCCUCUUCUAUGGGGUGAUGACCCCCAUGCUCAAUCCUCUCAUCUACAGUCUGAGGAACAAAGAUGUGAAGGCUGCUGUGAGAAACAUGCUGGGAGGAGAACGUCUGAUAAAACAGAAAUGAUUACUUAGACUGUGUGACUUGAUAUUUGAAGUUGUUAUAAACACAAAAUCUAUACAGAUCAAAGUGCCACAUGAAAAUCUGAAACCAUUAAAAUAUUUUGGUUGCUUUUGUUACAGUUAGGUUUUUGUUAUACAUGUAGAAAUGAGACAUAUUGAAAUUUGUAAAAUUCACUAUUAUAGAAAUGCAAGAAUGCUGAAAACAUUUUAGUAAUUACUCAGCAAGGAAAA